UUUGCCUCAGUGCUCGUCGAACUCACUCAAGCCCAGCCGUAAGCUACUCAGCACAGUGGUCUACAGUUGCUGAAGCCCAUUAAAAGACAUUUGCAAUUUAUUAUUGUGUCUUUGAAAUGACAAUGGAAAACGUGCAUGAGGAAUAGAUCCUCAAGUGAUCAACGUUUUGCCGCAGAAGAAAAAUGGAACCAAUAUCAAAAUGGUCACCAACCCAGGUUGUCGUUUGGAUGAGAGGGCUGGAUGAUACUCUCCAACAGUAUGUCCCAAACUUUGAGAGACAGAAAGUUGACGGUGAGCACCUGCUGAAGAUUUCCCACCCGGACCUGGAGAAGCUGGCUGUGAGCCGUGUCGGCCACCAGGAGCUCAUUCUGGAAGCUGUGGAUCUGCUCUGUGCACUGAACUAUGGGGUGGAGACUGAUAACCUGAGGACUCUGGCUGGCCAGAUGAAGGCAGCUACCAAAAACAUGCAGAACCGUGCUCUAGAGAGGAGGAAACGUCCGUGCCACGAGGGUAGCAGUUCUCACAAACCACCCGAGUUCCUCACAGCUGUAGUGGAGCUCAUAGGAGCAGCCAAGAACAUGCUGUCCUGGCUCGACAGGACUCCUCUGACAGGCAUAAGUGACUUCACCUCCACCAAGAACAAGAUCAUCAAUCUGUGUUUGGAACUCACCACCACCGUGCAGAAGGACUGCACUGUGCAUGAAAUGGAACAGAAGAUAUUGGACGUGGGCCGAAUUUUAACUGGAAUCUGUGAUGCUACCAUGAGGAUGACCUCUGACCCUUCGAAGAGCCGCACAGCAUGUCUGGAAGAAGUCCACAUCAACAACAUCAACCCCGCAGAGGGCCUAGGGAUAUAUAUUAAGUCCACAUAUGAUGGGCUGCAUGUUAUCACUGGAACCUCAGAAAACUCUCCAGCGGACAGGACUCAGCGAAUACAUGCGGGGGAUGAGGUGGUGCAGGUCAACCGACAGACAGUGGUAGGCUGGCAGCUGAAGACCCUGGUGGCCAAGCUGAGGGAGGAUCCUCAGAGCGUGGUUCUGAUGCUGAAGAAGAGGCCUGCAGGAACCUGCAGUUUCACCCCUGCCCCACUGAAGAACAUGCGAUGGAAGCCCGCUGCUGUGCAGAGCAGUCUUCACAGUCCUCCUGGACAGUCUUGCCAAGCCCCUGUGGAGAGCUCCUGCGUUAAGAAAGAGAAGCCAGCCAUUUUGGACUUGUAUAUUCCCCCUCCCCCCAUUAUGCCAUAUGCUCCACGAGAUGUGAAGUCCAACACAUGUACUGGUGUCAAAAUGAGAAGGAAGAAUUCCGAGUCACCCAACUCAUCUCUGGACCGGGCAGCCAGACGACGCUCUAAUCUCAUAGAUUAUACCAGCAAGCCUAGUAUCAGCAUCUCCCCUCCACAGGUCCCCGUCCCGCAGGCUAGACUUCGACAGCGCACGCCCUCUAGAGGGAGACCACGGCCCGUGUCCAUGCCAGCAGAAACCUGCCUGGGCUUGUCCGAACCCCACAACCGGCCCUGGGCUCUGGGAAGGAAAGGCCAGGACGUGUUUCACAGGUAUCUGAGUAAUGAGCGGAUCCCCGCCAUUUCUGAGGAGGCUCCGCAUUUCCCUGUGCCGUAUAAUCGCCCCCCGGUGGGCAAGAGGCAGCUGGUCCGAGGCGUCGAUCACAUCCGCGGUAGCCAGUGCUUCAUCAAUGCCGAGUUGCACAACAGCGCCACCAUCCCCUAUCAGGAGACGGAGACCAAGAAGGGGCCCGCGGCACGCGGCUCCGAGCGGCCCCCUUCGCAGCCUUCGCUGCUCAGCAGUUGGCUCGCCAGACUCAAGCUAAACUUACUUUCCUCUGGUCUCAGGACUGUAGUGGUGACCAGGAUGGAGGAUUCUUGUUGCUCUGGGGCUUUUUUGAUACAACCCAGCCCCUCUGUCUCUACUCUCCUCAAGUUGCAUCUGCAAGACUUCCCCAAAGCAAGAGGUCGAGGCAAUGUCACAAUGAGUCGGAGGAGGGUGUCUGUGAAGGAGCUGGGGAAAGUGGACUGCCAGGGCUGGCUCUACAAGAAGAAAGAGAGCAGAGCUUUCCUGGGCAACAAAUGGAAAAAAUACUGGUUUGUGCUAAAGGGCAGCUCACUGUACUGGUACACGAACAUAUCGGCAGAGAAGGCAGAGGGCUACAUCAUCUUGAAAGACUUCACUCUGGACCAAGCACAAGAGUGCAGGAGGAAGUAUGCAAUAAAGGCCAGCCACAUGCAAAUUGUGACACUCUUCUUUGCAGCUGAGAACAAGAGAGAUAUGCACAAAUGGCUGAGCAAGCUGACUGCAGCUUCUAGUCAAAAGGAACCUAUAGAUGCAGUCGGUGAAGAGUGCUAUAGUGAAGCCAGCGAUGAUGAUGAUGAUGAUGAUGAUGAUGAAGAUACACCAGCAGAAACAGGUGCCCAGUACUCUGGACAGCUUACUGCCGACUCCAUUAAUGGUUGCCUUCCUCCUCCACGGUCCUGUUCAUCACCUUGUCAGGCAGUGCUCCCCCUGGCGUCUCUGGUGUGUAAUGAUGCAGAGGGUCCGAGUUCAGACAGCGAGUCAUGGCUGGACCUCAGCUCUGACACACGCAUCCCACAGGUCUCCCUCAGCAAGCACGCUAACCCAGGCCAUGGUGAUGACCGGCCUCCAUCGGAUGAGCUGGAGAUGCUGUACCUCCAUCUUAAAUGUGCCAGCCUGUCGCCAUGUGGAGCACCUCAGCCCUCCACCAAGCGUGACUACAGGUCCUCUUUCAUCCGGCGCUGCAAGGAUGAAACCAUCAAUGAGAAGCUGCACCUGGUUCGAACCCUCAACAGCACUUUAAAGGCCAAAGAGGCGGAUCUGUUAGCCAUAGAGCAGGCGCUGGCCAAUUCAACUGUGGAUGCCGGUACGUACCGGGAGUGGAGGAGAGCGAAUGUAGUCCUGCUGGAGGAGAUCAGUCAGAAGGCAUGUGCAGCAGCAACAGCAGGGGGAAGUCAGAGACUUCAGUCCAGCCAGCCUGUGCAGGUGCAGCUGCAGAACCUCAGCCCGACGGUGUAUGCAGAGACCAGCCUGUAAGCGCCCAGGGCCACCUGCUUAGAGCAGUAGCACCAAUAUGCUGUUUAUGGAUUGAUAGAUGAUGGCUGUGGAUGGAUUUAAUGUGUGACUCAAGUUAUAUUUCACCCCUGCUUACUGAUUUUCAUUGUUCUUUGCUGUUGUUGUUGUUGUUGUUAUUAAUGUUUUUUUAAAAGUUAAAGUGAACUGGAUGGGAUGUCAUCACUGACUCUCAUGAGCUGAUCUGUUUCACACUAUGAUUGAUUAAGAAAUCUAGAAAGUCCUGAAACUGUCAAAUCUCAUAAGGGACAUACAGCAUUUAAAAUUAAAUACAUGUUUUACAAAAGGAUAAAACACUCCCCGACUCAUGACCUCCUGUGAUUCUAUCACACAUACACUGUGAUGGAUGCCUGUAUUCCAAGUUCCUACUACAUGCUUUUUACUUUAAAAGACAUCUCUUGGCCUGCCAGAAUGUAUUUGGUCUACAGAUUCUUCAGUUUCGAAUUUCAUACGUGCAAAAUGAAUAUCUGAAUAUCAGAAUAACUCAUUCAGGUCCGAAAUCAGACCUGUUCAGUGGUUGUCACACAGAAAAAAUAUUUCUGUGUCAAUUAAAAAUUAUUUUUCAGGACAAUGGUAUGAAGGUCAAUAGUGCCAUGAACAAUCCUUGUUUAAGUGGCAGGGAAUUUUUUUUUUAAUUUAUUAUGUAUGAAUGUAUUUACUGCUGAAUAUAAAUAUCUAAUGUAUAUGUUGCAUGACUGCUUUGGGAUUUCCAAUUUUGUUACAAACUUUAGUUUGUUUUUAAAAACCAGUUAUACUGUAAAUAUAAUGCUGGUAAAAUUAUUAAAUUGCCAUU